GAAAGUUUUCUGCUCUCAGUAGGAAUGCAGUAACAGGUCUGGACCUGAACUUCCGCAUAAAGCAGGAAGAAACAAUCAGAGAGCCCAAAUGCAAUCCACAUCAGCACACCCAGAUCUGCGUGCAUGUGGCCGUCAUCUUUGGCUUGUUAAGCUUUUUUCUUGAGAGAGCGAUAAUUCAGAGGGGAGCAAAUGUCCAUGCGGCUUUUAUAUUGAAACUAACUGGUGAAUUGAGGAUUAUUACAUUUGAAAAGAUGGAUGAUAUUGAUGCCAUGUUUAGUGACCUGCUGGGGGAAAUGGACCUCCUUACGCAGAGUCUUGGACAGGAAACAGUCCCUCCUAAACCACUCCCCAGCGCUGAGCAAGAAAUCAACCUCUCCAUCGGCUUCAAUGACUUGAAUGCGUCCCUAAACGAACUAGAAGACAAUGACUUGGACGCCCUCAUGGCCGACCUGGUGGCCGACCUCAAUGCAACAGAAGAGAAACUGGCAGCAGAAAUACAAGGUCUGGAUGUGCCACCAUCAUCUUCAUCAGACCAACCGCCUCCACCUAAAGGGCUUAGCUUCCAGCCUGCCUCCUCCAUUACAUCAUCAUCAACUUCUCCUGGAAAUAACAACACCAGCAGCAGCGUCACCACCCCAUCUUCUUCCAACACCUCGCCUCUGCCGCCUCCUCCUCCUCAGUCAGCAAAGCCCACAAUGGAAGAAAUAGAAGCUCAGAUGAAGGCGGAUAAAAUCAAGCUUGCCCUGGAGAAGCUUAAGGAGGCCAAAGUUAAAAAGCUGGUGGUGAAGGUGCUGAUGAACGAUGGCAGCUCCAAGACUCUGAUGGUUGACGAGAGACAGACAGUCAGGGAGGUUCUGGACAACUUGUUUGAGAAGACGCAUUGUGACGGCAAUGUAGACUGGAGUCUGUGCGAGACGAACCACGAGCUGCAGCUAGAACGGACGUUUGAGGACCAUGAGAACCUGGUGGAGCCGCUCCUUGCAUGGACAAGGGACAGCGAAAACAAAGUCCUCUUCCAGGAGAGAAAAGAUAAAUUUGAGGUUUUUAAAAACCCACAGAACUUUUAUCUUUGGAAAAAGGAUAAGAAAACACUCAAGGAUAUGAAAGACAAAGACAAGGAAUUAUUGGUACAGGAGAACUUCUGUGGUUCAUCUAUCAUUGUUCCCGACCUGGAAGGGGUGCUGUUCCUGAAAGAAGAUGGGAAGAAGUCUUGGAAGCAGCGGCUCUUUCAGCUACGAGCCUCAGGAAUUUAUUACGUCCCCAAAGGAAAAACUAAGUCGUCCCGGGAUCUCGUCUGCUAUGUCCAGUUUGACAACGUAAAUGUUUACUACGGAAAGGACGUCAAAAACAGAUACAAGGCCCCGACCGACUUUUGCUUCGUUCUAAAGCAUCCUCAGAUCCAGAAAGAGUCUCAGUACAUCAAAUAUCUCUGCUGUGAUGACGCUUGGACCAUGAACCUGUGGGUGACCGGGAUUAGGAUCGCUAAGUACGGUGCAUCCCUGUACGAGAACUUCAAAACAGCAGAGAGGAAGGCUGCUGUUAGCUCUGCUAUAUGGACAAACCGCAGCACUCCAUCCAGCUCUGGCCCGUCGACACCGACACCAACUAUCAAAGCCAAAACAGCAACUCAAGCAAACGGCCACGCUCCAAAACCACAAGCAGGACCUCCUCAUCUGGUAAACCUUCAAAAUGAAACUUUAAGACUUUUCUUUUUAAAUCAAACAAUGUCCUCUGUUCUUCCAGAUCCUCCAGACACUGCUAAUCUCCCACCUCCUCCUCCACCGUCGCUGACCUCCAAGCCCUCGCCACAUCAGCAGAGGUCCAACAACUUCCCUCCACCCCCUCCUUCCAUGGACAGCCUCCCUCCUCCUCCUCCGCCUCCACCCAUGGACAACUCUGAGGAUCCUCCAGGCUUCCUUCCUCCACCUCCUCCUCCUACCGGCUACAGUUCAAUGCCUCCUCCUCCUCCUUCACAUCCAGCUAGUUUUGGGGGAAAUGCUACCCGAUCCCUUCCUCAUCCAUCCCCUGAACCAGAAUUUCUACCACCGCCUCCACCUGACCCGGUGGUUUUAGCACCAGGAGCUCCUCCACCACCUCCACCUCCUCCUCCAGUUGCGACUCCACGAGCUGCUGCACAGCCCAGAAAAAUGCCUCCAGCUCCUCCAAAGAGGACUACACCAACGCUGACAGGAGGAGGCGGUGGAGGAGGAGGCGGUGGGGACUUCAUGUCAGAACUGAUGUCAGCUAUGAAGAAGCGUACUGAUAAUUAGCUUCAGCAGAAAACGGGGAAAUAAAAUCCUUUAUUCCAUAUAACCGUCUCUGGAGAGAAUCAUCCAUUCACUGUACUUUUCCUGAACAUUAUCUUAAUAAUCAUUUGAAGUAAAUCUAUAAAGGCUCCCUGUGUGUUUUAAUAGAGACCAGUGUAAUCUUAAAGCUGUAACACGCUUUACAGACACUCUUAUGUAAAGACAUGUAUAUAAGUUUGAAUUACAGCACUGUAAAUAUUAAAGAGAGACAUGAGAGGUUAUAUUGUUACAGUCACGGCCAAAGGCUUUGGACUCUUUGAAACAAGUGUGUUUUACAAACUUUGCAAUGUUUGUUUUGGUGUUGACAGUUCCCUGCUUUUACAUUAUUUUGCAAAGGCAAGAAAUGCAUCCAAUGAUUUGCUGCAAAAACGUUAAUAAAUUAAAAAUAAAUUAAAAAA